CAACUUGCCACCGAGUCCACACCAUCCUCCUCGAUGAACAUCUUCAAGCUUUGCUGGCGCCGCAUGCUCGGCAACCCCGACGAGUUUGUCGCCAAGAGCGCGCUCACGCCGCUCACGCAGACGGCCCUGCGCCGCGGCCACCUCGCGCGCAAGUCGUCGCUCGAGCUCUCGGACGUCGAGUUCUGGCGCAUCAUUGGCCUCGCGGGUGCCCCGCCGUCGCCGCCGACGCUCUCGACGAACGCGCCGCGCCGGUCGAGCGUCGUCGAGUUCGUCUACCAAACCUCGGUCGUGCUCGCGUUCCAGGACCUCCCCGCGAUCUUCAAGCCCCGCAUCCAGGUCACGCUGCCCAAGGCCAUCCCGUCGCGCGAUCAAAUCGAUCUGACGCGCCCCGUCACGGCGACCGCCUAAGCGCCGAGAUGCAGCGAUUGCAGCUGCCUCCCACCCGAAUCAUUUAUUCCGUAUAUAUUAGACCACGAGGACGCUGGCCAUUGGAAGCCACGCGUCGAGAUAUUCCCCUUAUGAACCAACGAUUCCUUCUUCUCUGA